AUGAACGAAAAGUUAUCCACAAGUUUGGAUGCUGCGAAAUUAAGUGAAAGAAAGUCAGCAUUGGUUUUAACUGCGGUAGUCCAAGCAAUUGGGCAAGAUCCAGAAAAAUUUAAUAUAAGUUAUUCUGCAAUAAGAAGAAAUCGAAACAAAAAUAGGAAAAGAAUUGCUAUAGGUCUUAAGAAUAAGUUUAAGCCCAAUGUUCUGCUAACCGUUCAUUGGGAUGGAAAAAUGUUGGAAGAUAUAACUGGAAAAACUGUGGUGGACCGCCUUCCAAUAAUAGUUUCAGGAGAAGGUGUAGCUCAACUUUUAGGGGUUCCAAAAUUGCCAAAUGGAACAGGAAAGUCAAUUGCAACUGCAGUCUACGAUGCUACAUUAGCUUGGGAAAUCAACAACAAAGUAAAAUGUUUAGGGUUUGAUACCACCUCGUGCAACACAGGAAUGAACAUUGGAGCGUGCACAUUGAUUGAACAGAAAAUGAAAAAGGAUUUGCUAUGGCUAGCUUGCCGUCACCAUAUCCUGGAAAUAAUGCUGGAAGCUGUUGUAAUUAAAUGUAUUGGUCGAUCUAGUGGUCCUGAUAUUUUAUUAUUUAAAAGGUUUAAAAAAUCAUGGCAUAUAAUUUGUAAAGAUGAUUUCCAAACUUUAAGUAGUUUACCGGCUGGUAGUACUGCUACCCUUUCAGAAGAUAAUGAUUUUCUAGUUAGCUUUUGCCGCAAACAACUCGAGGUGUUUCAGCCCCGGGAUGAUUAUAAGGAGCUUCUGGAGCUAUCAAUUAUUUUUCUUGGGGAUAUCCCUCUCAAAGGAAUUAGUUUUAAAGCUCCUGCUGGUUUACAUAGAGCCAGGUGGAUGGCAAAAUGUAUUUAUUCACUAAAAAUUUUUAUGUUCAGAUCCCAAAUGGAUGUAUCGAAAUGGAAACAUGAUAAUGAUAUCGCUGAAAGGGCCGUGGCUUUAAUGGAUGAAUACAACAAACUGCAUACGACUGACGAAGAACAAAAACAGUUCUUAUUGCUUACAAUCCAAAACUUUAGACAACGCAAGGGAUCUUCAAAUUUUAAUAAAAGUACAUUAGGGCAACUAUAA